CAGUUACAUCAUGACAUCAUCCAACCAGCAGUCUAUAUAUACACCCCUCCCCAAUCUGAGGGAUUGAAAACGUUUGGUGGGUCUGGACAGGUACAAUCCUAGAUAGGAACCUUUUACGGGAGGACGUACAGUUUAGGUGUGUACGAGUUUGUGUGGGAGCCCUUUGGACUUUAGAGAACCCCUUUUGGCCCUGUGUGACUGUUUUGGCUGAUAAGGUGAACCAUGUGCUCGGGUAGCUUUGCCAAGUCCCUGGGCAUCACCUUGAUCCCCCUGGCCAUCUUGUGUGUGCUCAGUAACAUCCUGCUCUUCUUCCCUGGGGGGCUGGUCGCUGACGACAAUGACCAUAUCACUAAAGAGGUGUGGUACUUUGGGGGCAUCAUGGGAUCUGGGGUUCUGAUGACCCUCCCAGCACUGGUCUUCCUAGGACUCAAAAACAAUGACUGCUGCGGUUGCUGUGGCAACGAGAGUUGUGGAAAGAGAUUUGCGAUGUUCACCUCGAUCAUCUUUGCUGCGGUGGGGGUUCUGGGGGCUGGCUACUCCAUCAUUGUGUCUGCUGUUGCCAUUCAUAAUGGACCAAUGUGCCUCUAUACCAAUGGUACAACAGAGUUAUGGACCAACCCCUUUGUUGACGGUGACUACCUGAAUAACCACACCCUGUGGAAGGACUGUACAGCACCUGAGGGCAUUGUGACCUGGCACCUGACCUUGUUUUCCAUGCUGCUGGUGAUGGGCCUGCUGCAGGCUGUACUCUGUGCCAUCCAGGUCAUCAACGGACUCAUCGGUGCCAUCUGUGGAGACUCCUGUGGCCGCUGUGGGAGUACUGAUGGUGCAGUCUAAGGAUGUUUGAGCCUCUCAGAAGACUUGUUAUAACUGGCUUUCUAUAAGGUGUAUUUAAUUUUAGUUAAAUAUAUAUAUUUUUAAAUUCAACAAUUUCCUACCUACCUAACUUGAUGGCCUUUUGCAUAGAAAAGAUUAGAUUUAUUUAAAAUGAAGAUAAUACUUAACGUAAUCAAAUGUAUUAUUCAAUAUGUUUAAAACAUGAGAGCAGUUUUUACAAGUUAUAUUAUAAUUUCACCGUAAAAGACAUGUCCAACAGAACACUUGGCAUCAAUUAAAUCUAUCAAAUAUGUAUCUCAUUUCAUUGAAAAUCAUUUUAGCUAUUUAAAAACACGAAAAAAAAAAAAACGUCAUAAAAGUUUGACAGAGUGAGUGGACCACACCUGUGUUGGCCUUAUUUUAGUAGGCCUGUGGGUUAAGUUAAGAAUUUGUUCUUAACCGACUUGCCUAAUUCAAUAAAAGGUUCAAUAAGAUACAUUUAAAAAGUCGUCUUAUAACU